UUCUGUUCUCUUCUUGCCAAAAAACCCUAUAUUUUCUCACUCUACCCCUCAAGUUUUCCCGAGAAAAAUCAGAAGCCAGCCAAAUUCUCCCAGGAAAAAAGAUCAAUGGGAAACCCCAAGGUGUUCUUCGACAUGACGAUCGGCGGCCAGCCCGCGGGCCGGAUCGUGAUGGAGCUCUACGCCGAUGUGGUCCCGCGCACGGCGGAGAACUUCCGCGCGCUCUGCACCGGCGAGAAGGGCGUCGGCCGCUCCGGGAAGCCCCUCCACUACAAGGGGUCGACCUUCCACCGGGUGAUCCCGGGGUUCAUGUGCCAGGGCGGCGACUUCACCGCCGGGAACGGGACCGGCGGCGAGUCGAUCUACGGCGCCAAGUUCGCUGACGAGAACUUCGUGAAGAAGCACACCGGCCCGGGGGUCCUGUCCAUGGCGAACGCCGGCCCGGGGACCAACGGCUCCCAGUUCUUCGUCUGCACCGCCAAGACCGAGUGGCUCGACGGCAAGCACGUCGUGUUCGGGCAGGUCGUGGAGGGGUUGGACGUCGUGAAGGCUGUGGAGAAGGUGGGGUCCAGCUCCGGCAGGACCUCGAAGCCCGUCGCCGUCGCCGACUGCGGCCAGCUCUCCUAGAUCGGAGAUCCAUCGUCGCCGGAACCCCCCGUUGUCCUUUAUGAAUCUGUCUGAUCCGAGUCCCGUUUCGAGCGUCGUCGUUUUUAAGGGUUUCCUUGUUUUUCGGCUUUUUAGCUUGUGGUGGGGGGGUUGUUGCGGGCGAAAUCUGGUUAUGGUCUCUCCUCGAUUGCGGUGGUGUUUUGUGGGUCCGACGUGACUCCCUUUUUACGUGGUGAUGUUGAACUGCCAUUAACUGCUGGAAAAAUAAGAUCGGAGCUUUUCUUGAA